UAUAUUUCAGGAAAUACGAGCAUAUUUUAAGUCUAGUAGAUCCAUGUCUAAAUGUUACAUUUUAUGCUGGGAGUGUAACCAAUGUACUUUUUAUUUUUAAUCUCAUGUGUGUCCCUGUAGGGCUUUUUACACACAGAAUAGAAAAGUUCUUUGUUCCCAUUGUGAACUGAGCCGAGCUGCAAAGGGUGUUUCAUCUCCAGAGAAGCUUCCUGUUUUCCGUUGGCUUUCUCUCUGGAGGAAAAAUGAAGGUCCGCAGUGCUCUACCGUUGAUUAGAUUAUGCUGCCAUGUGCUUCGCUUAUUGAUAGUAGAUGAACUCAAUUGCUUCAGGAAGUCUUGACAGCUGAACUGAGGCAGGUCUGAUCAUAAUAAGGGGGCUUCAUGCAUGACAUUUUGGUGAAUGUUUUCCUUUACAAAAGGGGUCCUAUACUUGCAGGCUCAGGGAGCUCUAUUUUGUCAGUGGUACAUUUUAAAUGUAUCCAUAUCCUGGAUGGCUGAGUGUCAUUUCUUCAGAUUUCAGCAAUGUUUUUUUCCAAGCUGUGGCUUGUAGAAUAUAACUUGUCAGUAAAGUAAACUGAUUGUAAACUGAUCGUGUGAGAUGAAUAGUUCUGCAGUUUACUACCAUGACUGUAGUGUAUAUAUUGUUAAUUUAUUUACGUAUUCAUUUAUUACCCUGACUAGUGGUUCAGUUAUGACAUACAAUGCUUUUCAAUCUGAAAAUCAUGGAGAAAAACCUACGUGAAAAAAAUAAUACCGCUUAAUGGAGUGGAUCCAUAUGCUGGGGUAUCUGUGCUGAGGUAUUUUGGUUACUUGGGUCCUUGUUAGGUUAGUUAGUAUAUGUAGGAGUCUCAGUUUUGUCAAAAAUUCAGAAACCUAACUGUAAGAACCACUUCCAAGCUAGUGAAUAGUUUUCCUUCAUUUCCAUUACAAAUAAUGUAAUUAAUUAGAGGUAGCAGUGCUAUGUUUAACAUAUACCGGUACGAAAAGUGCAAAAGUAUUAGCAUCAAAAUAUACUUAAAGUACAAAAACGUAAAAGCAUUCAUUAUGCCGAGUGACCUUUUCAGAACCAUAUAUGCCAUAUUAAUGUCCUAAUUUUACUUAGUAGUCCAUCGGUUUAUUUACCACGACCCACAGUACCAGUGGGUCUUCCUCUCAUUGUGAGUUGUACAGAAUAUCCAGCACGCCCCGCUGUUGCUGUUGACUGUGAACGCAUCUCUUUCGCGCGCUCUGAACACCGGCGCGCGCCCCCCCAGAGAUCUCCGCUGAACUCUAACGCGCUCACACCGCCGACUGUCACUGAAAAUAUUUGCAGUUUAUCAGUCAGAAGAAAUGUGCUACCCUCACACGGAGGAGGUCGUUAUUCCGGUUGCUAUGAUAGAAAAUUGGAGAGGAAUAAUGUCGCGCUGAGUCAACAAGACGUAGGUCAGUGAUGGUGGAAGAGUACGGUCAUGUGGUGUAGAAGAAGACAGAUGCAAGGACAUCGGAAUGCCACAGGCUGCCUCACUGCUUCCCAUUCUGCUGGCGCUCAUGGGAUACACUUUUGCAGGACUCAAUAUCUGGCCCUCCUUCCACAUUGCACUAAGCAACGCCAGUGUAUUUGUGGACUUCAACACAAAAUCCAACAGUAGCACCAUCCGCAGCAUGAGCCUUUCUCUGGUCAACACGGAAACCAACACCACCCUUCUGACCAGGAAUCUCCCCAGCAACCAAUCAGCUGGUAGGGUGGAGUUCAAUUGCUCUUGCUUCCUGUAUGCAGGAACUUUCCGGUUCCUACUGAGGCAGACCAGCAUCUCUGCUGUUUCUCACACUAAUGGCACAGAUGGCAGCAGCACAGAGAGCACCACCUGGUGGUGGAGUUCAGAACUGCAGGUGCAGUGGCCCACCUUUCACAUUGCUGUGGAGAGGGCUGCAAACCACUCAGGAUCUUUUCAGGUCGGGAUAUCCACUAAUGAACACUUUCAGGCUUGCUCCAGGGGCAUUGACUCCGCUCUCUUCUUAGAGGUCAGCUAUAUGGAGUACAACCAGAUAGGGCGAAACAGCAUUGACAAGGUCCGAGCCCGCACGCGACACCCAAUCAAACCCCUUCGUUCCCAGAGUGUUGAGCUGGCGUGCGCAUUCCCGUUCACAGAAAGAGACUUCAUACAAGUAGCUCUGCGAUCUCCUCAUGCAGCACAGGAUGUGAAGAGCUCUGGAGCUCUCUACCUGUCCCGCAUCUUCUCCUAUAAGCUGCUGGUGGAAAACGGCAAUGCUUACAGGAGUGGCUGUGAAGGGACUAUGACUGUUAAACUUAUUACCCCACCUUGUGCGCAUAUCAGUGGUAAAGUGUUGCUGUAUAAGGAUGCUGGUGUUGGAAGAGGAGCAGCCGUUUCUUCUGGGAUGGGAGCAGGUGGAACAGUACAGCUCGGAUUUGGACCAGAGGAGCCCUCUUCCCCUCCACUGGCCUUUAACUGGUUGACUCAGGGAGAGAACGAGACAGAAUUCAACUGUUCUGUGUUUUACCCAGGAAGGCAUAAGUACUGCUUUCGCUUCGUUUUCAACUUCAGUCGCUCCCCUAGUCCUGCACAGACCUGUUUGGUGGUUCACAGGAGCACAGAGUCAUGGGGCCCGUGGCAGCCAUGGAGUGUGUGCAGUGUGAGCUGUGGAGAGGGGGUGAGGGAACGAGAGCGUAAGUGUUUGCUGCCCUCAGGUGUGGGAGGGAUGCAGUGCACUGGCAUGGUGAAGGAACAGUCCAUUUGCUCACUGGAGGACUGUGUUGUGUUGCCUGCACCUUCUCCAUCCCUCCCCCCGGUACCUGUUGGAGUUUCGCCCCUAGGUGGUAACAUGGUUGUGGUAGCUGGUAUUUCAAUUUGCCUGGCUGUGAUUCUGGCUACUGUUGUGGUGACUGUGUGGAGAAAGCUUUGCCAGACCCCUCAGUGCAGUUCUGUUCGCAGAGGGUCCAUGCAUUCCCCCGGAGGACGCAAGCUCUCUGAUGAGGCCUCCAUUUGUGGCCACAGCCUCCAAAGACCCAGUCUGUCUGAUGGGCAUGGCACACUUGGGGGUAUGGGUGCAGUUGUAGCCCUUAAAGAUGCUCCUGUCCUGGGCAGUCAGCCUCUCUCACAGACACUGGUGAUACCAGUCUCACAGGACACUGAAAGGUUGUCCCCUACUGGUCAGAAGAUGUUGCCAACAAUUUUUGGGUACCGACUGGCUCAACAGCAGUUGAAAGAAAUGAAGAAGAAGGGGUUAAAGGAGGCCACACAGGUGUACCAUGUCUCUUCAAGCCCAGUCAAUGACACCCUGUUAGAAAUAUCUGCUUCACCCACCAACUCUCCCGUCCCCACCCCAACUGGAUUCACUCAUCCAACACUCCCUUUGGCCAUCCAGGAGGACCCCAACCACAACCACUUUCAUAUUGCAGGUCCCUUUUCUGACCCACCAGCACAUACUUCUCGGGUCACACCAGACAGACUUAGUCCCAGAGUGGAGCUAGUCUUAGGUCCUCAUUUUUCUGGCCAUGCAAGUCGGGGCAGCUCAAAAUGGCAUGACCGCACUGCUGACUGGGUGGAGAUGGUGGAGAGGAGUGGGUUAGCAGGUCUUAGAGGAGGAGGAGAUGCCGGAAUGGGAAACUCCUGUCAUAAGAACCCAAAUUUCCGCCGGACCUCCAGUUUUAAUGACUCCAAACCCCAGCCUCCGCCCUCUGCACAUUCCAGGCAGUUCAGAGAAAGGAGCAUGACCCAGGUAGGAUCUCGGACCCUUCCUGAAGGAAGCUGUUGGACCAAAGGGGGAUGGGAAAAGCAGCCAUAUCGCUCUUAUCCCAUUCCAGAGCAUGGGGCCUCAGAGUGGGCUAAAUCAAGGAGGCCCUGGAUAGAGACAGCUGCUCCUUCUCACAGCAAUGAACUCAAACACACAGGAACCAACACAAAUGGCACACAAAUUUCAGCUUAUGUGAACCAUGCUAAAGCAGACCUCAGUGGAACAGGGGAAAGGCAAAGGGGCAGCAAGACAGGAUGUGGAGAGGGAAUAUCAGGGAUUGGGGGUCCAGUUGUGGGGCCCGGCAGUCUGAGUGUGGAUCGCGCACAGAAGGCCGAGCAGAACUGGAAUCGCCGCGGCCCUUCGCCCAUCCAGAGGAACAUGCUGGCCCGGAAAUUGAAGGAGGCUCAGUCCUGCUCUGGGGUCAAGGGGCGACAGCGUAGCUCAACCUUUAGUGUAUCGACAUCAGAACAGAGGAAAGGUCGCUGCCGCUCUCUUCCAAUGUCUGGAGACUACAGCAGCAGCGGCUCACCCUACAGACUAAGUGAGGCCGAGCAGAGGAUGCUAGACCUAGAUCUGUCCUCAGCAUGCGUUGGGGAGGGAGAGGAGUAGAUCUCAAAAAUUUGUAGCACUACACUAGGAAGGAAUUGCCAUUUCUUCCAUUUCUUCCUAACCUAAAUUAUCUCUGCUACUUGUUACUUUAACCUCAUCUAAACAGACACACAUAUAAUUGAAGAUUGCAUUUUAUGUUGGAGAUUGAUUGAGCAAAAGGUUUUGUUUUUUUUUUCUGAAAAGAUAUUUUAAGUUUCUGUGUCAAAAUGUUUGUCUAUUUUUUUGUUAUGAUUGUGUUAACAUUUCAAAUGUCGAUAAGCAUUAUAAUUAAACAUAUAUAUAUAUAUAUUUUUUUUUCAGAGUAUGACUGUCCAGAAUGUCUCUUUGUAAUUACUUUGUAUAUCAGCUACUGGUUCAGUAUUUACCAUAAUAAGUCAUAUUUAACAUAGCCUUGUACCAACAAUCCUGAGCCUUUCGAGUAUGCCCCUUUCAUACCCAGUCAUAAUACACCUGUUACCUGUUAAGCUGUGGAAUGUUCCAAACUGGGGUUUUUUGAACAUUCAACAACAUUCCCUGUCUUUUGUUGUUCAUGUACCAAGAGGUAAAACAUUAAAUAUAAUAUUUUUUUUUAGUAUAUUUCAAAAGGGGUUAUGAAGUUUAAUUUAAUUGAUAUUUUGUGCAGUGUCCUACCUUAUUUGGGAUUGGGGUUGUGCAUCUGCAUGCACUGCUGAGCACAAGCCCCAUCAAUGAAUAUACUUUAAACACUAUAAAAGGCAGGUUAGUGUUAUUGUUUUGCACUGCAGAAUGUGCUGUAUUAUGUAUCAUGCUGUGAAGUCUCAUUAUACACACACAUUAUACAAGACUGUACUGUAGUGAGAACCACUCUGAUAUAGUUUACCAUUUUUUUAUGUGUGUGUAUGGUCAGUGUCAAACAUUUUUCAUGUAUUUUCUAUAGUGUACACAAGUUAGAGCACUAGUAUGCAGCUGUAACUAUGUUUGAGCACAGUGAGGCAUUGUGGCUGAGAUGCUGUUUGUUUUUAUUGUUUGAGUAAUAUACACUCUAAAGAAAGCAAUGAUUACUGUAGAACAGAAGAUGCUGUACUGUUGCUGUUUGAUAAUAUUUUCAAAUAAGAAAGAAAAAGAAGAAAUUAAAAUACAAAGAGUGUAA